CGCCGCCUCGCCCUCCUCCCCUAGCUAUCACGACUUCUUCCUCUUCCCCAAUCCACGCCGCCGCCGCCUCCGCUCCUCCCCUCGAGAGUCGCAACCUGCCCUUUCCCAAUCUCGCCGCCAAAUUCUCCGGCGAGACGGCCAUGGAGGUCCCACCUUUUGCUCGCCCCAAUCGAGCCUCGCCGUUGGCUUGGGAAGCGGAUUUCCUCGAGAGGACAAAUCUCACCAUGUCGACGGUGGAGUACGCGCUUCCUACCGCAAUCAUGACGUCGCCAUCCUUCGUCGCGGAAGGCGCUGGAGGAAGCCAGAUUUGCGCCAUGUAUUCCUUUCAAGCCUUCAGUGAAAUGAUAAACGAGAGGAACGCUGAGCCCGGGAUGAUCGACGUCUUCCUACUCCCCCAUCUUCCCCUCAAUGACGUCUCCGAUGUGUACGACCAGAUCGGCAGCGGCGACGCCCCCUACCGCAUCUCAAAUGGCCCCAUGCUUCUCAACAAGGUCAAUGCUUAUCGCGAGCUGAUUCGCGUGGGUAAAGAGCUGGCGCCUCUGGAGGGUCUCAUGAAAAGCCUUGAGGACGAGCUGCUUGUCCGUCUUAAUAGCAUUGUCUCUAUACUCAAAUCAGAUGGUGAAGACAUCCCGUUGCCACUUGACAUGUCUGCAGCAACUCAGCUUCUAUUCAAGUGGGAAUCUGAUUUUGUCGAGGCCUGUGAGAUGGCAACGAAGGCCAGACGCCGCCUCAUGCUGGCAACUCUUCUGGCAAUGUUCUGGUCCUCCAGUGACGACUUUGUGGAGAAUGAAUUCUCAGUCAGGGAGGGUGAUGCAAUCUCCAUGAGUCAUGUACAAGAGACUCUCCAAAGGUUGGCUCCAGAUCUUUACCAGAAUGUGUUUGGCGCCCUCAAUGAGGUACACUAUACAGAGGAUGGAAGGCCACCGAAGAGUGUAGUUGUUUCGCUCAAGAGGCUAAUUACAGAGAUCACAUCCGAGAUGACACCUACUGAGUUCGUAGCAUUCUCACUGGAGACGAGUCGCAGGGACUUGAUUCACCAGCUAAGUGAUGUGUCCCACCAGGAAUUUCGCUUGAAGGUCUUGAGGUCUCUUCAGUCUGUGGCAUCUGCUUUAAUCCACCUCCACAUGCUGGAUAAAGAGAUGUUGGAGCCCCACCUCUCACGGCCAACACUCUUGGGGUGCAAAGAUUAUUCACCGCUAAACCAGGAUCCAUAUUGGCCCCAUUUUCAAGUUUUAUCAGAUGAGGAAUUAAGUGUUGAAGUCCGUCGAGGCUCCCUGCCAAUGUUCUGAGGUUUGAUUUUUGUGCAAAAGGAGGUGAAGAACUAGAGGAAAGUGAAGAGGAGAGAAAAGUCGAUGUUGUUUGAAAGCUUCAUGCCAUAUUGCGCCCCUUCCUUCUAAGGCGGAUGAAGGUGGAUGUAGAGCAAAUGCUUCCAUGAAAGAAAGAGAUAAUCAUUUAUGCUAACAUGACUGACAAUCAGAAACAAAUCCAAAAUCACUUGGUUGAACAAACAUUUGAUGAAUACCUGCAUGAAAAAUCAGAAAUUGGUACGGAUGCUUAUGCACAUAGUCUCCUACACACAUUCCUGUUGGCUUAAAAAGUUAAUCCAACAAGUGCUGAGUAUUGCAGUUCUGUGUGUUGUAACACGAGGCCAACACCAUUCCUCCCAUUCGGUCAAAACACUAACAACAAAGGAGGUCGUGAAGACUCCCAAGUGUUCAAGGCAGAAAGUACCUUUUCGCAUGGUAAAAUACUCUCGAAUGGGAAAGUAUCUUCGAUUC